AUGAUGGAAGUUGGUCAGACAUUUACCUCAUAUUUUGAUUUUCAAAAUAAUUUUGAGGAAUAUAAAAAAACUUUUUUUUGUGAUUUUGCGAUUUCGGAUUGUCGAACUUUAAAUGUAGCUCGAAAAAAAUAUCCGCAAAAAUUAAAAAAUACUCCGGACUCGUUAAAAUAUUAUUUUGUAAAAUUUAAAUGUGUUCAUGGAGGAGUUUACAAGAAGUGUUCUAACAACGAACAGCAACGAUCCACAUCUACUAUGAAGCAAAAUUGUCCAGCAUUCAUUUAUGUAACAGUAACCAGUGAUGGUACAAAAUUAGAAAUUGCACGUAUGGAUGAAUGCCAUAACCAUGCUAUGUCUUCAAUGUUGUUUUCUAAUCUACCCAAUCAGCGCCGAUUAGCUCCUCAGACCAAAUCUGAAGUAAUUGAAUUGAUGGAUUUGAAAGCUAAUAAGAAGUUAAUUCAAUCAAAAAUCCAUGCCGAAACUGGAAAAAAAGUUACUCUUAAAGAUUUAUCAAAUAUAAAUAGCACAGAAAAACUAAAGCACAGACCAAAAAAUUUUGAGGAAACAAUCGAAGAGGUUAAAAAUACGUAUAAAUGUACGAUUGAAUUGCUAGUGCAUAAUGAUGGGACUUUAUUGGGAUUGUUCCUUCAAGACUCAAGAAUGAAAAUAGAAUUUGAAAAUUUUCCUGAGAUGGUUUGUGCUGAUGCAACUUAUAAAUUGAUAGAUUUGAAAAUACCAUUGUAUGUCCUGCUAGUUGAAGAUGGUAAUGGCCAGAGUGAAGUAGCAGCCCUUGGCCUAUUAGUAAAUGAAGAAAAGGAGACGUUAGCAUGGUUUUUUAAAAAAUUCAAAGAACUAAAUCCUGCCAAGAAUGCAGAGAAUGACAACGACAGUGAAACGGUCGAAACUGGAUGUAGUAUAGAUCAGAAAGUAGCUAAUGUAAAUAUAGCUAAUGUUACACCAUCCUUGGAAACUAGAAGUGAUAUUGUCCUAUCAGAUGUCAAAUUGCCAAAAAAAGUAAAAUGCCCCGGAAGACCAAAGGGAGCUGCACUAACAUCAAUAGGUCUACCUAAAAAACGAGCCAUUAGUAAUCCUACUGCAUUUGCGAAAAAACAUUUUAAAAUUAAAGAAAAUAUUAUAAUGGAAUGGCUUACUGAUAAAAAAGUGGUUAAUCAAGUUAGAAAUGACAAAUAUAUCAUAGAGAAGAAGGAUAUUGAAUGCCGCCAUGAAGUUAUUUGCAAUGGUAUUAUGGAAGAAGACGUUGAUAUCCAUAUCAUAAGACCUUACUGCACAAAAGAUGCAUGGAAAACCAUAUUAAAUUUAAUAAAAGCCAAAAAAAAAAAUAUGACAUGGAUAUGCCCUGUUUGUAACCGUGACAUUGGAUCGGAGUGUGUUUUGUGUGAUUCUUGCCUAGUAUGGUUUGAUGCUGUUUGUGUUGGAUUUAAUAUAAAAUCAAAACGCACAGGAUCGUAUUGGUUUUGUACACAUUGUAAAGAAACAAAUACAAAUAAAUAA